CCACUAACUGAGCCACACUGUGUAACAAGAAAUGCAAAGUUGGUAACUAUGAAAGGGAUUAUUGAAGGUUUGUCAUUAAUAUGAAACAGCGUGUAUAUAUCAUCGAUUUAAAUCUCGAACUUUAGAUAAGACAUUGAGUUGAAGAUAAACCCAAAAUGUACAGUUACACAUUUUAUGGAUUGUUUUGUAUAGUUACCAGAGUGCUCAAACCUAUAACGGUGAGCUUUGCAUAGGGCGAAAGCGUUGAACGUGUCAUAUGGACUCUCUACGUAGUCUGUGGAAAAUGCUUAAACUAUGCAUGAGCAGAAAGCGUAUUAUACAAUGUAUACAUAUAUGUGUGUGUAUCUUUUUCUUUGUUCUUCCAGGAAUUUCGCUGUUUGCAAAGUUUUGUGUCGAGUGCAAGAUACCGUACAGAUACCAGGAGUAUUCAGCUGGUGUUCACAAUUUUAAUGACAACUGGCUUUUAAGUUUGGGAAUAUGUGAUAUGAUCAGAAAACAUCUUCAGGUUCACAACGCUGUCAGUCGCACUGUUGAGGCAAUUGAAAACUGGCUGCAGUUGCGACCAUUUCAGUUACCACGUGGUCAAAUGAUGAACGCGUAUCUUCACUUUGAAGCUCUCUCAGAUCAUGACUAUGGGUUUUCUUGUGUUUUGUGUGGACACUUUCCUCCCCUGUUAACUCUAGAUGUAGACAAGAAAGGAAUCUUUGAACUAGCGGUUAGUGAACUUCAGUUGCCAGACCCCGAAUCCGAUGCUCCUGCAGAUGAAGUGGACGCUGAAAAGUACUGGCAACAAGUGAACUGUGGGAUCUUAUACAGAGGAGUAUUGAGAGGUACCUGUUAUAAGAGAAAUGGCCAGAAGUUUAAAUGUGAGCGACAAGGGGUCGAAACUUGGUAUAAUUAACCGUAUAAAAUCUGUUUUGAAUAUCGAAGAAACGUUUCUUAAACUUUUCUCAAAGAUGUGGGGUCGUUCAGGUAAGGUUAACUUGAAAUUGUUUCACAAAGACGACGAUUUUCGUAAAGCAUUAUGUAUUGUGCUUCUUACCUUUAUUC